AUGUCUGAAACAUUUUUUGACGAGUCGCCCACUAAAAAAAGACGCAGAGGAAGGCCUCCUACAAAAGCUAAAGCGGACGCUGCCAUAGUCGGCGAAAGCACUCUUACUUUCUCUAUCAACCCCAGCAUGAACGCCUACAGCAACUCUGCCGCCACGAUUCGCCAGGGAGCCGUGUGCUCCACGCCGGUCAUGAAGAUCAGCCCCAGUCGCCGAAGGGGCGGCGGGUCGCAGUCGCAAACACCCACACCCACGCCGCGGCGCAGACAGCCGGUGCCUUCGCUCAAGCCGAUCCAGGAAAUCAAGGUGGCGAAGGCGCACCACGAGCUUGUGUCUGUGACACAGCCGCAAAACGGGCUCGACUCGUCGCCGGUGUCAUCGUCGCGCUCGUCGCCAUCAGACAAGAAUUUGCAGAGCUCACAGGUGCACACAUCGCCACUCAACGCGGCAGACAACGUGCCCAAGCCAGACCUGAACCCGUCGCUCUUGCAGCCGACAGACAUCUUUGCACCAAAGACGCCGAAAAUGCCUGGCACGCCUUUAGCGAGGGUGCCGCCCUCAACGCCCAUCUCGCAUUUCUCGCACGUCCUCAGCUCGUCGCCUAUGUACACCCACUGGUACGCGCAGACCCCGCACGGAAGAGUGGCGUCGACGCCGAACAGCCUGGUGCCCAAGCCGCUGCGGUUCGAGGACGUCAGACAACCUGCGACGCCAGCAACUCCCGCGCCGCACAACCAAGGACUCGGGAUCUUGGCCUCGCGCCACCGGUCGCUGCCGCCGAAGCACGAUCUCGAAAAAAUCACACAGCAACUACAGAGCAAACUGCGCAAGACCCAGUCCCUCGGCGAUGCCGCGCAGGGCAAGGAAAAAACUGGCUUUUCUGCAGAUUACCAGGUCACGGUCCAGAUCAAUAGCGACGGCAAGGCUGCUGUUGUGACCAAACGGCGCAAGCUGGUGCAGCCGCUCACGCCGGCCACUUAUGGCCCCCAUUUCACGGACGGGUUUAUGUAUGCCAUGGACCCGCCUCCAGGGCUCAAGAUCGGCAUCGACCCAUAUGUGGUGGGUGUUUCGUCGACCGAGUUCGAGAUGAAGUCUCCCUACAUGCUAGCCGAGGGCGCGCAAGACGCGGCCAAGACCCAAAGCGACGCGCGGUUUGCUUUGCGUGAGCUACUUAACGAUCUAUAG